GUAAAAACUUGGGAUCUUUCCCACAUUCAUCCAGUAUCACCUGCCUGCAGUUCCACCCGACUGAACACAACCUGUUUUUAGCGGGCACCUACGGUUCUGCAAUAUACAGUUGGGAUAGGUCCAGCGGAAAGAUGGUAAAUGAGUACAAAGGAAAAUUUGGAGAGGUGCUCGACAUGGAGUUUCUCUCAAGUGGUUCAGAAUUUGCGUCGUCUAGUAGUAUUGUUGGGAGGGAUUCAGCGAAUCGGACUAUCAUGAUUUGGGAUUUCAGGGCAGCUGCUGUCAUAUCCAAUCAGCUAUAUCAUGAAAAAUACACUUGUCCAUGUUUAAAAGUCCACCCAAAGGAAAAUGUGUUCCUUGCGCAGUCCAAUGGUAAUUAUAUCGCAAUGUUCUCCUGUAAACGACCGUACAAACUCAACAAAUUCAAACGAUUUGAAGGCCACAAGAUUGAAGGAUACCCAAUCGGAUUUGAUUAUUCACCCGAUGGGAACAUAAUCACAAGUGGAAGCUCUGAUGGCUGUGUAUAUUUUUAUAGUUACAAAACCUCUAAACUGAUAAAGAAGCUUAAAUGUGAUGGGGAUAAUAUAUGCACUGAUGUGGCAUAUCACCCUGUGCUACCUGGGGUAAUGGUCACAUGUUCAUGGGAAGGCAGUGUAAGCGUUUGGCAGUGAAUACACUGCAUGCUGGGAAAACAACAGAAGCUGGUCCAGCCAUAUUUUUGGACAGCAACUAUGAUUAUAACGACUACUAAUAGGAUGAUUGGCUUGAAAAGCCAGGCCUUGUCUAAGCUACAACUCUUGGAGUAUGGAUCUGAUAUGCAAUAAAUAUAAUUUUUUUUUAAAUCCUCAGGUUUUUAUAUUUCUAUUUAUUGACACACACACACACACAGACGCAUGCACGCAGACGCAUACACACAGACGCAUGCUGCGCCUCCUGUAUCGCCUCCUUCUCCGGAGACGAGGGUAAGUUUCUUUUCUAGAUAAAUGUAAAGGUUGGAGAAUAACUUGUAACUCGCAGCGUCAUUGUGGUGAAUUGCGUAUGGACGUGGUCCGCUGUAAAGAGGCGCUUACAAUAGCUUCAUGUUCACAUCAUUCCAUAUUGAUGUAACAUGAUUCCUGACAUAGUUGUUAAUAGGAUUGUUUGUGAUAAAAACAAAAUCACAUUUACAGACUAGGCAAAGUAAUACCUUUAUUAGCAUAUAUCCACAAUUCUUUAAUGAAAUUGCUUAUAAUUAGUACAAAUAUGGACUAGAUAAUGGUUUGACAUUCAGGCCCAUAAGAAAAAUUCCGUAAAGGGGGUUUAUGAGGGGAACCCUUCUGGAGUUGAAGCAUUUAUGUAAAUGGUGAAUUUUA